AAGUAACAAGUUUAGUUUUGUUAAAAUCAGUAUUGAUAAUUUAAUUUUGAUUAAAUUUCAUAACCAACAGCAAUGGCUGAGGGUUCAACUUUUACUCCAAGUAUAUAUUCUUGUGGAAUAUGUGAAUCGAAAUUGUAUAAUCCGAAAGUAUUAAAAUGCUUCCAUGUGUUCUGUCGUCGUUGCUUAGACAAGCAAUCGUUCUGUCUCCCGAAAUAUCGAAUAGCAUGUCCGUUAUGUGAAAGCUUAACUUCUCUUAAUAGGGAGGGAAUCGAUGGACUAGAUGACUAUAAAUUUUCUUAUCGUUCGGAAAAUGAUCAAUCUAGAAUACAGUGUCAAAUGUGCGAUAACACAGGUGUGGUCUCUUCUGAAUGUGAAGAUUGUCAAGAACUUAUGUGCAAAGAGUGUCAUGAUUACCAUAAAAAGCAUAACAAGUUCAAAGGUCAUACCGUAGUCCUUAUAGACACACAGGGAAACGGGACCGUUUCGAAGGACGAUGCAUGUAUGCAAGUUGCCACCGUUGAGAAAAUGUGUCAAGAGCAUUAUACAUACUGUCGUCCGAUAGAGGAAUUCUGUAAAUCGUGCUCAAAACCCGUUUGUUCUAUUUGCAUGUUAGGUAUACAUAAAGGACAUAAAACUGAACCAUUUCAAACGACUGUUGCAAAAGCACGAACAUCCUUAAGUGUAGCGUUAAGAGGUUUAAAAUCACGUUUACCCCUUCUCCAAUCACUCUUAAACGAGGCUGCACACGAGGAAAAGAAAUAUAAUAAUCAUAUAAAGAACACACGAGUAGAAAUUAAAGACUUAUCAGAACGUCUGAAAUUGGACGUUUGCAGAAAAAUUGAUGAAAUUACAGAUGAAAAUAUCUGCAAACUAGAUAGCUUGGCACACACAGACAAGGCUGUUUUAGAAUCGUACAGAAAGGACGUGAACAGAUCUAAGAAGACGAUCGAUGGGCUCCUGUAUGCGACCGAAAAUUUGUUGGAGUUUGGAGACAAAAGCGAUUUGAUAAAAUCUUUUCCAGAACUUGAAACACGCUUAUGCCACUAUGAACAUAAUUAUGGUAUAACAAUGCCUGACAUUUUCGAACCCCUGCUAAAGCCUGGGUCAAUUAAAUUAAAUCAGCUUUAUGAGGCAGUAGGACAAAUUGAAAGGGAACAAAGACCUAUGACAAAUUCGUUUAUAGCCGUUAAACAGAAACCGUCGUCACAUCUAGUUGACAACGAAAACGCCUUUGCAAAAAGAAAAUCAUUCAAUCUUGAUUUUCGUGUCGACUCAGUUGUCUGCACUUACAAUACAGAUGCAGUGUUGGUAUUAGUAGGCAAUCAGUUGAAAAUUAUAAGUGCGGAUGGUUCGUACAAAGACUUUGUUUUCAUCCAGUGUGGAAAGUGUCAUGUGAACCCAGUUGGACAUACACAGAACAACGUUUACUUCUACCUUACAGAAAAAAAUACAUUAUGUCUUUUCAGAUUAAGCCAAAUUUCAAAACAAAUUGAAAAAUUAGAUGUUAAAGUUACAUUUACACAUGCUUGUACAGUUGAUAAUGAUACAGUGUUGCUGCUGAAUCAACCGAAGGGUACUUUUUAUGAAACCGACAAUAACGGUAGAGUCAUUAACACUUUUGGCAGCAAGUUGUUAGCGCAAAAUUUUAAUGGUUUGGAGUCUAUAUCUUGCAUGCGUGUGACAACGGUUUCCAGAAUUUUAAUCUGCACAGAAAAAUCACUUUAUGCAUUUACAUUUUCUGGAAAAUUAGAGCAAUUAUUCCAGGAUGAAAAUUCUUACUUCUGGCUGGUUUGCGAAGAUCAGCGAGGCAAUGUGUUUGUCGCUGACAGAGCUCACGGAAACCAAAGAAUAUGUUUGUUUACUCCGUAUGGACAUUACAUAGGAGAUAUUUUACCACCAAAUGCGCAUAAUGCAACUACAAUCCUUUUAGAUCUUGCAAUUGAUAGAUGUGGAAAUCUUUGGACAUUUAGUGGUAGUAAAGCCUUGGUCCCUUUCCCCGGUAAAAGCGAAAUUAAUAUUUAUUCAUACACUUGAUUUUGGUGUUGUUAGAUGUGGAAACCUUUUAACCAUUUUGAACAUAUUGACGUUUACCAUAACAGAAAGCCGAUAAACAGAAAAGUUGAAAUGACUGUUUAUUCAUUCAUCAAACUUGAUGUUGUUGGUAGAUCUUUGAUACCCUAUCAUAACUUUAAUUUAUUCACAAACUUUUUUACUCUGUAGGAUUUCGAAUCUGACACCUAGCUUUGUUAUGACAUCUGGUUGUUUACUAGUUUUUAAUGUCGAUUGGUUGUUACCGCAUUGACAUAUGCCCUACAGUUCUUUCCGUCAAAUAUUAAGCAAUCAACAAUCAAUUAAUCUUUUCAUCAAUUGCAUAUGCUUACCUUCAUAUACUUCCUACUGUAAGGGGUAGAGAGCGGUAUUUAACCCUAAUUAAACAAUACAAUUU